AUGCCUUUGACCUCAAAGGUUCGUUGUCUUUGGUCCUCGCUCACACUUGCUCCUUCCUCAAACGCACUCGCAAUGUUUCAGAUAUAUCAGAGGUCCCGAGUUACAUGGUUGAAAGUAGGAGAUAGCAGCACUUCGUUCUAUCACUGGAUGAUGUCCUUGAGGAAAUCAGCUAAUCACAUUCACUUUCUCUUGGAUGAUCAAGAUGUAAAAUGGGAAAAUCAAGAAGACAUCAACAAUCUUUGUGUGGAGUAUUUCUCAAACCUCCUUGGUGGAGAGGUCUUACCGAAAAUGUUUGUGCAGAGCGACAUUGAUCUGCUCUUACCCUUCAGAUGCUCAUCAACUCAAGCUUCUGCCCUCGAAAGGCCUUUCUCUGCAGUAGAAAUCAAGGAAGCUUUCUUCUCUCUCCCGCAUAAUAAAACUUGUGGUCCCGACGGAUACUCAGCUGAGUUCUUCACAGGUUGCUGGAAUAUUGUUGGAGCGGAGGUCAUCUCCCCAUCUCAAUCAGCUUUCAUGCCAGGGCGCUUACUCUCUGAGAAUGUGCUCCUCGCUACCGAAAUAAUUCAGGGCUACAACAGAUCAAACAUCAGUCCUCGAGGAAUGCUAAAGGUGGACUUACAUAAAGCCUUUGACUCAGUGAGAUGGGAUUUCAUACUCGCUGCAUUGGAGACCCUGGGGAUUCCGGAGAAGUUCAUCAAUUGGAUUAAUCAAUGCCUCUCCACAGCUUCUUUCACGCUAGCGAUUAAUGGUUGCAGCUCAGGGUUCUUCAAAAGCUCAAAAGGGCUGCGGCAGGGAGACCCGCUGUCCCCAUACCUGUUCGUCCUCGCAAUGGAGGUCUUCACCCGGUUACUUACCUCCAGAUUUGAGAACGGCUCUAUAAAUUAUCAUCCAGGUACCGCUGAGCUCAAUAUCUCACACUUAAUGUUUGCGGACGAUGUGAUGAUAUUUUUUGAUGGAACAAGCAACUCACUCCAUGGAAUUACUGAAACGCUAGACGACUUUGCAAGUUGGUCCGGUCUGUAUAUGAACAGACACAAAACGGAGUUGUUUCACGCUGGUCUGAACCAAGUCAAAUCCACCGCAAUUGCAGCCUUUGGAUUUCCCAUUGGUUCACUACCUAUCAGAUAUCUCGGUUUACCUCUUAUGCAUCGUAAACUGAGAAUAUCAGAAUAUGAACCGCUGCUGGAUAGUAUUGUCAGAAAAUUCAGAAGAUGGGCGACUAAAACAUUGUCAUAUGCAGGCAGAUUGCUUCUCAUAUCCACUGUAAUCUCUGGUUCAGUCAACUUUUGGUGCUCAACAUUCAUGCUCCCCAAAGGUUGUGUUAAGAAGAUUGAACGCCUCUGCUCAAGGUUCUUGUGGUCUGGACAAAUCGAAUUAGCGAAAGGGGCUAAGCCCAAUCUAACACCCAUUCUUGGACCUGGAAAACGCUCCUUAAUCUCCGCCCUUAUAGCUUCACGCUUUAUCCAUGGAAAUCUAGGUAAUGGCCGCGUACUCAGUUUCUGGUUUGACUCAUGGCUACCAACUGGUCCGCUGGUAGAACUGUUUGGAGAAGGUGGCCCCAGCGAACUCGGAAUUCCCUUGAACGCAAAGGUUGCUGAUGUGUCUAAUGUAACAUCUUGGGAUCUCCCUCACGCUAGAUCAGAAAAGGCUCUCCAACUUCACAUUGCCCUCACAUCUGUCUCUCCCCCGAGGAGCACAGACACAAACGACUCCUACAACUGGAAAGUAAAUGGUUCGAUCUGCAAUGGGUACUCCUCCUCUCAAACUUGGGAGGCGAUCAGGCCUCGAGAAUCAACUAAAGCAUGGGCACCAACAGUCUGGUUCAAAGGUGCUGUUCCCAAGCAAGCUUUUAAUAUGUGGCUCACUACACUCAACAGGCUCCCGACAAAAACUCGCCUGGCUUCUUGGGGUCUGAACAUCACCACUACAUGCAGUCUAUGCAACUCCGCAGAUGAAGCCGGGGACCAUCUCCUUUUGAACUGCAGGUUUGCUGUGUACCUUUGGGCUGCAGUCUUCGCAAGGCUCUCCCCUCGACAGCCACCGUUCAUAUCUUGGGCUGAGCUGCUCUCUUGGUGUAGAGUCCAAUCGCCAUCAGCGCCAUCUACCCUGCGAAGACUAGUCACCCACGUUCUUGUAUACCACGUAUGGAGACAGAGGAAUAAUUUUCUCCAUAACAAUACCCAUCUCUCUUCAGCCGAAACAUUCAAAUUAUUGGACAGAGAUGUGAGGAACACGACCACCGCUCGGCGCAACAAACGCAACUUCAACAACCUCAUGGCGCUUUGGAUCAGAUGA